CACACUCUCCGUGAGAGAACAUACGCCAAGCAUAAUGACAGACCUUAUGGUGAGAGGCUCUCUGUCACAUCCUCUUCUUCUGCCUCUCCUCUUCUUGUUUGCUUCUGGUUGCCAUGGAGGGAAGAUACUUGUGGCACCAGUGGAGGGAAGCCACUGGGUGAACAUGGACAUUGUGAUAAGGGCUCUACACGACCGUGGACAUUCCAUCACUGUAGUACGGACGACCAAGAGCUGGUACAUCAAAGAAGACUCGACCUACUACGACUCAGUUACAGUGCCCGUUGAGAAGGGGUUUGAUGAGGAAUUUGUCAAACCAAUUGUUUUGCAACUGAUGGAGGUUGAGAGGGGAAGGAGUUCCAUGAUCAAUUUUAUUCCUCUUCAGCUACUAAUGUUCUCGGUCAUGUAUGACGCCCAUGAUUUAACCUGUAAAAUGAUAUCCUCGAUGUUUGAGGACAGAGCCCUAAUGCAGCGUUUGAAUGAGAGUCAGUUUGACCUGGUUCUCACUGACCCCUCAUUUGGUGAAGGCAUUCUGCUGGCUCACUACCUUAAGCUGCCCUUAGUCUACAACGUGCGGUGGGUUACCGGCACUGAUGGGCACUGUGCUCUUGCACCUUCACCGGUAUCGUACAUACCAAUUACAGGAUCAGGCCUGUCUGAUAAAAUGACCUUCUCACAAAGGGUGAAAAAUAUGCUUUUUCAUCUCCUUGUACAGUUUGAAUUUAAGUUCCCAAUUCGAGCACAAUACCAGGCGGUCUGUGAUAAGUAUUUUGAACCUAAAGUAGACUUUCAUGAGCUUGUGCUAGCAGCUGAUAUUUGGCUGAUGCGGGUUGAUUUUGUGUUUGAGUUUCCACGUCCCUCUAUGCCUAAUGUUGUUUACAUGGGUGGGUUCCAGUGUAAGCCAGCAAAGCCGCUUCCUCACGACCUGGAGGAUUUUGUACAGAGCUCUGGAGAACACGGAGUUAUCAUCAUGUCUUUAGGAACAUUUGUAACUGAUAUUCCAAGUGACUUGGCAGAGGAAAUAGCAGCAGCUUUUGCGGAGUUGCCUCAGAAAGUCAUCUGGAGGCAUAUUGGAGAAAGACCAUCCACCCUGGGUAACAACACCCUCCUAGUGGAGUGGAUGCCCCAAAAAGACCUACUAGGUCACCCUAAAAUCAGAGCCUUUGUAGCCCACGGAGGAACAAAUGGAGUUCAAGAGGCCUUGUAUCAUGGUGUUCCAGUUGUGGGCAUACCUCUGUUUUUUGACCAGUAUGACAAUCUGUUGCGACUGAAAGAGAGAGGAGGAGCUAAGAUGCUCAGCAUUGCCACCACAAAUAAAGACACGUUCCUCCAGGCUUUGCAGGAGGUGCUCCAUGAGCCAUCCUACAGGGAGAACAUGCAGAGGCUCUCCAGGCUGCACAGAGACCAGCCAAUGCAGCCCCUGGACCGAGCCCUCUUCUGGAUUGAGUUUGUUAUCAGGAACAAAGGUGCUGCUCACCUGCGCACAGAGUCCUACAAGAUGCCCUGGUACUCCUACCACUCAGUGGAUGUUGUGGUGUUUUUAGUUGCUGUAUUGCUCAGCUUUAUGUACAUUUUGCUUUACAGCAUUAGUUUCUUUUGCGGAAGGGUUUGUUUGAGAAGGAAAAUUAAACAUGAGUGA